AUUGACGACUGUGUCCCAUUUUCAAAUAUGGGCACAGUACGUUUUCAAAGUGAUUUUGAUGGAAAUUUGGGACAUAAAAAACGUUAUUCUUCUACUUCUCGAUUGUCAAAAGGAACUCAAAGUGAUGAAAUUGUUUAUAAUGCUACAGGGACAGAUCCAUUAAAAGCUCCUGAACGUGGCACACAAACAGACAAAGAAUAUUUAUUAUGGAAUCGUUCGGCAGCUAAUUCUCUUCGAAUUUCAUCGAAUUUGGUCGAUUUAUUGUUAAAGGAAUUGGAUAAUAUUUCUGCAGAAUUGCCUCUUUUGAAAGUUUAUGAACGUUCUGUUUGGGGAAAUGAUUUUGAAAAGGAACAAAAAAGAAGAAUUUUUCUACAACUUUUAAGAGAAACUGAAUUACCUAAGACCGAAGGAUUUUCACCAACUUGUCAACCUUUUGCAAUUCGUUGUGGAUUAGGCUCUCGCGUGGCCGUUCUUUUUGCUGAAGCUGAACAUGAUUCUCAUUGUGCAGAACAUGUAGGCCAUUUACUUUUGAAUUUACGCCGGAAACAAAAUAAUUGGGUUCAGUUACCUGCUUGUCCGAGUGAGGCAAUUUUUGGUCGCCAUGGAGAGAUAUUAAUUGUUGGCCUUUACAACGGAGAACUUUUAUUGCUUUCAACAUUGGAGGGAAAUGUGGGCAAAGUUUUAUGGAAUGGUGGCGGUCCAACAGCAGGCUUGCACUCAAGGGCUAUUACGCAAUUUCAUUGGCUAGAUGAGCAUAAAGGAAUACUUAUUAGUGUUGGAUUGGAUGGAAAAGUAAUUAAAAGCAGACUUGAACCAAACAAUCAAUUGGAAUUAUUGGAAAGUAUUCAAAUAACCCUUUCGGAUUUACCUAAACAUUUGUAUCGAGAAGCAACAACAACUAAUCGAAGUGUUGAACUUGUUGGUGUUUCUAUAGUUAAAAAUUGGGAGAAUAAACAACAAUUGUGGUUUGCGACAGAAACAGGCGUUUUAAUACAACUUGAAGAAAAUUUAAAUAAAAUUAAAUAUUCACAAACAUUAUUUGAAAAUGGAAAUUUUGGAGAAGGAACAGCGGAACAAUUUAUUUCUUUUAAUUUUGGAAAGAAAAGAAUUUUUAUUUGGAAAACUUUGGAUGGAAGAAUUUUACAAAAAAUUAAAUUUGAAGAAGAUGGACAUUUUAACAAUAAUUCUCAAGUUGAAAAACUUUUACCUGUUGGCCGUACCAGAUGUGAAAUUUCCAUUUUAACGGAAACAAAUUUACUCUUUACACUUUCUACUAAUCAACAAAAACAGAAAAUUAACAACACAAGGAGAUUUUCCGAUAAAAAUGAAUUAAUUGUUUGGGAUAUUUUAAAUGGUAAGGAUUAAUUAUUUGUGUGUCCCCUCUAUUUUAUCAUUUGUUUGUUCAAAGGGAUUGGAACAGACGAAAGUGUCAGAACUCUCAUAAAUAGGAAAUCUCACUAUCACAAAUUUUACGAAUCCAGAAAAUAAGAAUUUUUCGAAAAUCGGGUAAAAGUUGUCGGAUGAUUGAAAUCGUUCCAGCCCACCUCUUCCUUUCAGAGAACGUGCCGACAUAAAUAAAUUCAGAUUUUCGGGAAUAGGAACGUCAUAUUCCCUGGUUCCUAUUUAUAAAAUAAUAAAAAUUAGAAACUUUUCAAGAUGAAUUACUUCUCCGCGAAACUCAAAUUGGUGUAUAUCUGGAAACUUUUACAUUGGAAAAACCUACAGGAAAUAUAAUGAUUGGAAUUUCUAAUAAAGAUGAUGAUAAUAUUAGAAACAAUUUAGAUAGAGGGCAAAAUCAAAAGAAAUAUUUUUUGAAUUUUUAUGAAAUUGUUU